AUGAACGGCGACUCUCACCAGCACAAACGUACCUGGUGGAAGGAAGCCCUCAUCUACCAGAUCUAUCCUUCCUCGUUCUACGACUCGAAUGGGGAUGGUCUUGGCGAUAUCCCCGGGAUCAUCAGCAAGCUCGAUUACCUGAAAGAGCUCGGGGUGGAUGCCAUCUGGUUGAACCCGCAUUACAGCUCGCCGCAGUGUGAUAUGGGGUACGAUAUCUCGGACUACAGAGACAUUUACCCUCCUUACGGGACGCUUGACGACUGUUUCAAAUUCAUCGAAGAGUGCCACAAGCGUGAUAUCAAGGUCCUGUUCGACCUGGUCAUCAACCACUGCUCGGACGAACACAAAUGGUUUAAGGAAUCCCGUUCCUCGCUCGACAACCCGAAACGAAACUGGUUCAUGUGGCGUAAACCUAAAGGGUUCACCGACGAUGGAAAACCCAUCCCUCCGAACAAUUGGAGGGCGGCUUUCGGGGGUAGCGUUUGGGAGUGGGACGAGGGGACGCAGGAGUAUUAUCUGCACUUGUUUGCCGUCGGGCAGCCCGAUUUCAAUUGGGAGGAAGAAGAGGUCAGGAAGGCGCUGUACGAAGAGGCCAUCACUUUCUGGCUCGAGCGUGGGGUCGAUGGGUUCCGUAUCGACACCUGCAACAUCUACUCGAAGAACCUCGACUUCCCCGACGCUCCCGUUCUCGACCCUUCAGCUACUUACCAGCGAUCAGACACGCUCUGGACGAACGGUCCCCGGCUUAUGGAAUUCCUCAAAGAGAUGAACAAGGAGACGUUUUCCAAAUACGACGCCGUGGCUAUUGGGGAAUGGCCCAACACGCCGGACAUUACCAAGGUGCUGGAGGUGGUUUCGGCCGAGGCCAAGGUGGUGGAUAUGGUCUUCCAGUUCGACCACGUCUGCAUGGACUUCGGCAAGGUCUACAGGUUCUGGCCGAGGGAGUGGAAGUUGAGCGAGUUCAAAGGAUAUAUCGAUCAGUACCAGAAGGUGGUCGACAAGACGGACGGAUGGCAGACAACUUAUUUGGAGAACCACGACCAAGCGCGAUCGGUCUCCAGGUACUGCUCGGACGCUCCCGAAUACCGGGUCAACUCGGGAAAGUUGCUCUGCAUCUUCCUCAUGAGCAUGACCGGCUCGACCUUUGUCUACCAAGGUCAGGAGAUCGGUACCAUCAACUUGCCCAUGUCGAUCGGUCGAGAAGAAUACCUCGACUGCGAGACGACCGGGUUCUGGAAGGACAUGGACGAUUAUUACCCCAACGACGAAGAGGCACACGAAAAGGGACGAAGGGGUGCUCAGCUCAACGCACGAGAUCAUGGCCGAUUCCCCGUCCAAUGGGAUUCGUCUCGAAACGGAGGUUUCACCACGGCCGAGAAGCCAUGGAUGAUCGCCAACCCGGCGUAUACCGAGAUCAACGUGGCGGCUCAGAUCGAUGAUCCCAACUCGGUCUUGAGCUUUUACAAAAAGAUGAUCAAGUUCCGCAAGGAGAAGAAGGACUUGAUGAUCUACGGCUCUUUCCGCCUGCUCGAUCUGGAGAACGACCAGACGAUGAUUUACAUCAAGGAGCACGGCGAUUCUCAGGCGGUCAUCGUCCUCAACUUUACCAAGGAACAGGUGGCGUUCAAGCUGCCAGCCGAGCUCAAGGGAGAGGCCAAGCUAGCCAUCUCCAACUACAAGAACAGUUCGCUAGAGACGCUCGAGGCGUACGAGGGACGAGUCUACCUCGUCAACGCCUGA